AUGGAUAGGCCUACAGAAUAUCUCAUUUUAGCUCCGGAGAUACACAGAGAUGUGCAGAGUAGGCUGACGUCCCGGCGCAACCGAGAUGAGACAGCUUAUGAUGAGUGCCAUCCUUCACUGAUGCUGCUCAAUGCACAAGUGCUGGCUUACCAUUGCGUUAAGCGAGAAAUGGGACGACGAUGUAUCGUUGGCCUUCCUCGCCGCAAGGUAACUCGGCGUAGCGUCUUUCCAACUCGACUUUAA